AUGGCUGUUAAAAUGCUUUUCAAACUACUUUUCAUCAUCGCUACCGCUUUUCCUCAGCAAAUUGUUGCGGCUGGUGCUGUCAAAGGCACUCCUGAAGGGUUUGCCUCUGGCGUUACUGGUGGUGGCUCUGCCGCGCCUGUUACCCCUACCACCAAUGACGAGCUGGUCCAGUACCUUGGCGACUCUCAGCCUCGUGUUAUUUUAUUGACCAAAACUUUUGACUUUACCAAUGCUGAAGGAACAGCUACUGAACCAGGUUGUGCUCCAUGGGGCAAUGGCCCCAAAUGUCAACUUGCCAUCAACGCGAACGGCUGGUGUGAUAAUUACCAGAAGGGAGCGAAGGUCGCUUCAAUCACCUAUAACAAGGCGGGAACCAACCCUAUAAAGGUUGCUUCCAACAAAUCAAUCAUCGGUCAGAAUAUGGCAGGUAUUCUUAUAGGCAAAGGUUUGAGCAUUCGCGGCUCCAAGAACGUUAUUAUUCAGAACAUCAAGAUUCAAAAUAUCAACCCUAAGUAUGUCUGGGGAGGUGAUGCCAUCACCCUUGACAAUACUGACAACAUCUGGAUAGACCAUGUUACGACUUCAAAGAUUGGCCGCCAGCACCUCGUCCUCGGAACAUCCGCCUGUGGCAAAGUUACCGUCUCUAAUUGCGAAUUUGAUGGCCAAAGCGACUUCUCCGCGAAUUGCGACGGCUAUCAUUACUGGAACGCACUUUUUCUCGGCUCCAAUGAUCAAGUUACCUUCAUGAAUAACUACUUGCACCACUUCUCCGGCCGUGCCCCUAAAGUUGAGGGCAACACCGUGUUUCACGCAGUCAAUAACUACUGGUCUGAUGCUAGCCCGACUGGUCAUGGUUUUGAAAUUGACAAGGGGGGCUAUGUACUUGCUGAGGGCAACGUCUUUUCCGGUGUUAAAAAUGUUGUCAUAAAUGGGACUGGUGCUGCCAUGGCGAUCACCUCAUCCAACGCCUCUCAAUGCAAGGCCACUCUUGGCCGCGACUGCCAAGCUAACGCGUUCUCCAAUUCCGGUACCUUCACGGGUACAGACGCUAGUGUUUUAUCCAAGUUCCCCAAGGCAGACUUCCCUAACGCUCUCGCUGCUUCUUCUGUCAAGAGCACUGCUGCGGGUUACGGCAAGAUAUGA